AGGCGAGGAGGGAGGUGAAAGCGAGCCCCUGACGGCGGAGGCGGGCAGCAGGCGGGCGGCUGCCUUCAGCGAGCUCCUGGCCGCGGCCAUCGGCGGGGCGCGGGCAUGGCGCUGCCGGGGGCGCCCCUCAAGGUGUGCAUCGUGGGCUCGGGCAACUGGGGUUCUGCGGUUGCCAAAAUAAUAGGCAAUAAUGUUAAAAAAUUACAGAAGUUUGCUUCCACAGUGAAGAUGUGGGUCUUCGAGGAGAAUAUUAAUGGGAGAAAACUGACAGAGAUAAUAAAUAACGAACAUGAAAAUGUAAAAUACCUUCCCGGGUACAAGCUGCCAGAUAACGUGGUUGCCAUCCCAAACCUUAAUGAAGCUGUACAGGAUGCAGACUUGCUGGUUUUUGUCAUUCCUCAUCAGUUCAUUCAUAAGGUCUGCGACGAAAUCACAGGACGAGUACCCAAGAAAGCUCUCGGUAUAACUCUGAUAAAGGGAAUAGAUGAAGGCCCGGAGGGACUCAAACUGAUCUCUGACAUUAUUCGAGAGAAGAUGGGAAUAGACAUCAGUGUGCUGAUGGGAGCUAACAUUGCCAAUGAGGUGGCAGCAGAGAAAUUCUGUGAAACCACAAUAGGCAGCAAAAUCUUGGAAAAUGGCCUUCUCUUCAAAGAACUCCUGCAGACCCCAAACUUCCGAAUAACAGUGGUAGAUGAUGCAGAUACUGUUGAGCUUUGUGGUGCUCUGAAGAAUAUAGUGGCAGUAGGAGCUGGGUUUUGUGAUGGCCUUCGUUGUGGUGACAAUACCAAAGCUGCUGUUAUUCGCCUCGGCCUGAUGGAGAUGAUUGCCUUUGCCAGGAUUUUUUGCAAAGGACAGGUGUCUACUGCCACUUUCCUGGAGAGCUGUGGAGUUGCUGAUCUCAUCACAACGUGUUAUGGUGGCCGGAAUCGACGUGUAGCAGAAGCAUUUGUUAAAACUGGGAAGUCUAUUGAAGAAUUGGAGCAAGAAAUGUUGAACGGUCAGAAACUGCAAGGACCACAGACUUCUGCAGAAGUGUAUCGCAUCCUCAAGCAGAAGGGAAUGCUGGAAAAGUUUCCACUAUUCACUGCUGUAUAUCAAAUCUGCUACGAAGGGAAGCCUGUCAAGGAGAUGAUAUCCUGCCUUCAGAGUCAUCCAGAGCACAUAUAAAAGCAAUCAGGCCAUUCUCCUCGUGCAGCUUUUUGCCUUUCAGAUUUGUAUUCGGGUUCAAGUGGAUGCAUCAUUAAGCUUCCUACAAAGCUGCUCACUAGGCAACAGAACCAACAUGAAUGUCUCUGAAUGGAUAUUGGUUUUUGUUUUACAGCCUAGUUUGACAUAGCAUGCAGUGUUGUUGGCUUGGUGACUGUCGUUUUGCUGGCUAAAAUACAGCUGAUUUCGAGAUGCGCAAUGCAAAAGUUGCACUACGUAUAUAGUCUACGUACAGAAGUGUUCUUGGUGUGUGUUCCUGCAGUAUAAAACACGAUGUUUUGGUGUCUCUCAUUAAGGCCUAGUCCAAAAUCCACUGGACACUAUGGGAGGAGUCCCACUGGUUUUCAUGGCUUUCAUGAAUCAAGCCUUUAACCUUGAAAUAUUCAGAGUCUUUGUAUUAGAACUUGAUUUAUUUCAUCAUACACAUUGAGAUUUUAAUGUUUUGCGUGUUUGUAUUAAUUUAAGCAAUAUUAAUGCAAAAGAAGUGGUAACAGUUAUUCAGGGGCUACAGGGACCUUUUAAUGAACUCUGGGGAAGAGUAUUAUGAUUUCUGAAGGUCUUUAAAACUGCCAGACCAUUUUGAAACCAAUUUAUAACUGAAUUUAAAGUUUUUAAGUACACUGUUUUAAAGGGAAUAUCCCAGAGGGGGAUCAUGACCUCCCCUUCUGUUUUUUAAUCCUUGCAUUUUUGUAUUUCUCUGUUUGUCCCUUGCUGUUCCCAGGUGUUGGGUUCUCCUAGAAUCCCAUUCCCCAAAACAAGUGGGUGAUUUUGACCCGGGGGUCCUGAACCCUGCAACCUAGGGUUCAUUUUAGUCUUGUACACGUGCUCGUUCUUCACUAGUAUAGUUUGGUGGGUGGGGAAGAAUACUCCUGGAGUAUCUACUGCUCAAAACUGUCACGCUGUUUUUCUAGCUUAACCACCAGCUACCAAGUGUUGGGCUCCACACCACACUCCAAGGAACGUUCAGGGAAUCCCCUGGUAGCUCGUGCUUGUGUUGUCAGAGGGGUUGUAUGCCAUUAUGCUGACUGCAUUCAUUUCAGUGCCUGCCAGUGACUGAUGCGUCAGCUGGACUGUAGUCCUGAACCAGCCUCCCCAGAGAAAUGAUGAAUUCUGAAGUUGUUCUUUCACCAGAGAAAACUUUAGUGGGUGCUGGAUCAGGUCCUUCAUGUCUUGAAAGCUUCAUAAAGAGAUCUGUCUCUUCUAUUCCCCAGGUUUUUCAACUAAUAUUUUUUUUUCAGGCACUUUUGCUUUAAUAAUGAGGUUAAUUUUAUUUAUUAUUGGAAAACUUGUCAUUUUUUGUGGAGUAGAUUUUGGAGGUUUUCUCUGUUGGUUGGUUGCUUUUUUAGGAGGGUUGGUACAAGAGGAAGUAGAUAAAUGUAAUCUUUUGACUUGCUUUCCUUGUAUACCAAACUACAUUUUUUUUUGGUAAAAUAUACACUAGGUACAUAAAGAGUGGACCUCACUCUUGCAGCUGGAAGUCAAAGGUUACAAUCAAGUUUUACGGAGCUCAGGACAAAGCCCAUCAGCUCUGAGUAUACACUCCAAACCUCUGAGCACUACCACAGCUGAUUACCUUGUUCGCUCUCCUUGGCGGUGUUUUUAGACCAGAAAUUGUGAGCACAAACCCAUCCUGCAGCUUUAAGUUGUCCUUUGGAACUUGAUAAGACAAAGGGGAUGCCUGUGAAUAAUUGCCAUCCUUACUUAAGUAGCCUGGAUUGCUCUGAAAUAAUUUGGACAACUUUGUAUGGCCAGGAGGCUGCUUCAGGGCAGGGGUACCGUUUCUUGUGUUCCAGUAACGUUUUACGUUAAUUUUUAGAAGAUAUUGUGAAUGUCCUCAGAUAUUCAGGGCUGUGAACGAUUAUUUUGCCUUACUUCUGAUUUUGUGCUAAGCGUAACAAAGAUGGCAAGAAGCUAAAUAACAUCAGAUGUUUGUGGAUAAUCACUGGUAGAGCAGACUUGGAGAAAGCACUCUGCUUCGACAAUUAAAAGGGUGUUUGAAGAUUGGAAGCACUGUUCCACUAACGCACACAUGGAGCAUACACUCCUCAUUACUGCAUAACUUUACUGUGUCUGCUUGUGCUUUGUGUGUUUGUUUUUUUUUAAUGCCAAGCUGGUUGGCUUUGCCUUUAUAUGUAUAUAUAUACAUAUAUAUAUAUAUAAACUUGUUUUUUACAUGCAGUAUCUAGAAUAGUGUUUUGUAAGAUACAUAAAGGGCUAAAUGUGGUAAAUUAAUAUAUAUUUUAAGAUGAUUUCUUUAUUCCAGUACUACUUCCACUGAAACCCCAAAAUCUCAAUUGUUCUUGUUUUGUACAGAAGCCUGUUCAAAGACAAACCCAGAGAAAGGCUUUUUACAUAACUCCUUUUCUUCCUCUCCAGUCUUGAAUGGUAUUCUUGUUCUUUUCAAAGAACGAGGUUUCAGUAACUAAGAUAAUUUAUUUUAAUUUCUAUACAUACUUCACCAUUUCCAUUUGCUUUUCAGUGCUUGAGAGCAUUCAGCUUGGCACUAGGUAUUUUUCCUCACUAAUACUUCCUUCUAAUUAAAGACUGUGAUAAAGACUGGAGUGGAACAAUUACAAUCUUGUUCUGCAAACCCUCUUUUGCUUAGUACUGGAGUAGUCUUAUUGCAAACAUUAACCCCUGUGUAAGAUUUUUGCAUACAAGGCUGUAAGUUUGUAACUAAUUUUUGAUUUAUGAACAUUAAUUAUUACCUAAUGUUACAUACUCAACUCGCCCUAGACGUGUGUACUGAUUUUGUUUAAAGAUUGUGAAUAUAUACCCAUCUGAAGAAUUAGUGCAAAUAAACAUUUUGUCUUGGGAAUCA